AUGACUCGUCCUCCUUCCCUCAUCUUCAUCCUCAGGCGUACUCUCAAACCCCUCUCUCCUCCUGCUCAUACAAGCGCGAAUUUUAUCAGAUCAAUGGCCACCGUCCACCAGCUCGCACAGCAGGGCUUCGGCACCGGCACCAACGAGCUCUACGACCGUGCACGCCCUUCCUACCAGCCUGCCGUGCUCUCGCACGUACGCAGCGCGACCCGGGGCACCUCCCCGCUCAACGUGGUAGAGAUCGGUUCUGGCACGGGCAUCUUCACGCGUGCGCUCCUCGCACACCCCGAUUGGUCAUCCUCUAUCAAUCAGCUCAAAGCCGUCGAGCCGAGCGAAGGCAUGCGCAGCGUCUUUACCCAGACGGUCAAAGACGACCGCGUCUCUACUGCCGAGGGCACGUUCGACGCGACCGGGGUCGAGGACGGCUGGGCCGACAUCGUCAUCAUCGCCCAGGCAUAUCACUGGUGUCCUGACUACGACGCAGCCAGCGCCGAGUUUGCUCGUAUCUUGAAGCCGAACGGCGUCGUUGCCUUUGUUUGGAAUUUGGAGGACAGAGACGGUGCGGAAUGGGUGGCUCAGUUGCGCGACCGCAUCGAAUCCGAGGAAAAGGGCACGCCCCAGUUCCGUCUCAUGCUCUGGCGCGCGACGUUCUCCACCCCGUCGUACACCAAGUUCUUCGAUCCGCCCGAGGAGAAUGAAUGGAAGUACGCACUCCCAGGAACGCGUGAAAUCGUAACGGAUCGCGCGCUCAGCAAGAGCUAUAUCGCUGUGCUUUCCCCUGACAAGAAGGCGCUUGUCGUGGAGGACAUCGCAAAGAUCCUUGAUAACAAGGGCGGCCUCAAGUGGAUGGAUGAGGAAAAGGGUAUCUUUGAAUAUCCUUACGGUACCGUGGUUGUGCUUUGCAGGAAGAAAUGA